AUGUUAGAUGGGAGUCUAUCUUAUGUGACUGUGACUAGUUGUUGGUUGGGACAGUCUCUCACGAAAUGGCCUAUCCCUUGGCAUUUCAAAAAUCGACUCAACCGGGUCGAAGCAGUCACCAAUGGUGCAGAUCCCCAUGAAGUCUCGACAUUGAUUGGGCCGAUUUUACUUCAGGUUCCAAGUGAAAAGCUAGUAGGGGAUCAGAAUGUUAUCAACUUGGUUAUCGAUGAAUCAGAUUCGAUUCUCGAGCUUUCCGGACUAGAAGGAGUCCCCUAUGAGAUCGACAGACCUCCUGCUCCGGCUCUUCGUGGCCAGUCUGCAAUGCUUCGAGAAUGCCUUUUUUGGAGACGUAAUACCCCCUACUCUAAGGUUGUUGUAGGUCCUACCAUGAGAUCUGAAACUCCUGCUGAAGGUGAAGCCGUAUUGGAGUAUGAAUCUACCACUGACUCCUACACACACCCUGCUUCUGGUGAUCCCGUUGUGAUCUCGUCAUCUCCCUACGACAAAAAAAUGAAGGACGAUCGGUCUAAAGGUAAACCACCAUACUUUACUUUGUCCAAGCCUGCAGGGAAGAUGAGCACCUCAUCAAAGUACCUGGUUUCGCCAAAGCGUCUUCGUUCCAUUCACCACACCAAACCUGCGAAACUUCCUGACUCGAAUAAGGCGACUGAACAUGCUUCCUUGGACAAUCCUACCAUUUCCAAGCCUCCGCCGACUCCAAACACAAAUCCUUCCUUACUUCAGGAUCGCCUAAUCCAAAAUGACCUUGAUUUGGUAACUGCUACCGCGACUUUAUCUAGUUUUUCACCAAGCCUUAAGCCCCCUAUUUCUUUAAGCAGUGCUCUGAUCACGGAUGUUGUGGUGACGAAUCCUGUGCCGAUCCCUAAGACCUCUUACACUAAGCAAGCUCCCUGCUCUUUCCUGAUGUCUUUAGCUUCCUCCUUGUCAUCCUUUUUGCAUCCUUUCACCACCACCUCCUUUGUCAAUAAACCAUCUCUUGGAAAGAUGAAUGAUGAGGAAGGGAUAGACAAGGCCCAUACUCAUAUUCUAGAGGGCCUUCAUUGGAUGAACGAAGUCCCUUUAUGCAGCAAAGCUCGUGCGGCAGCUACCUACCAGAUACAUGGAGUUGGACAAGUUGUCCGAAUGUCACUAGACUUAGUUGAGUCCAUGCACAUUCAGGAUGAGCUUCAUCUUCUGAAUCAAGAUUUGCAGCUAAAACUUGAUGAAAUGAGCGCUUAUGAUGCUUCGUCUGCCAAGGCUCUAUAA